AUGCAGGCGCACCCGCAGGUGGCGGACGUGCAGCAGAAUGGCUGCUGCGCGAUGGCGAACGUGUGCUGCGGCACCGACGCCGCAGGGCUUGCACGCAAGCAGCGCGCAGCAGACGCAGGCGCGUUCGAGGCGAUCGUGGCGGCGCUGCAGGCUCACCCGCAGGAUGCGGGCGUGCAACAGCAAGGCUGUUUGGCGUUGGGCAACGUGUGCUCCGGCACCGACGCCGCAGGGCUCGCACGCAACCAGCGCGCAGCAGACGCGGGCGCGAUCGAGGUGGUUGUGGCGGCGCUGCAGGUUCACCCGCAGGUGGCGGUUGUGCAGCAGAAUGGCUGCGGGGCGAUGGCCAACGUGUGUCUCGGCAGCGACGCCGCAGCGAUUGCACGCAAGCAGCGCGCAGCAGACGCGGGCGCGAUCGAGGCGAUCGUGGUGGCGCUGCAGGCUCACCCGCAGGUGGCGGUUGUGCAGCAGAAUGGCUGCCAGGCGAUGGCCAACGUGUGCUCCGGCACCGACGCCGCAGGGCUCGCACGCAUCCAGCGCGCAGCAGACGCGGGCGGCAUCGAGGUGGCUGUGGCGGCGCUGCAGGCUCACCCGCAGGUGGCGGUUGUGCAGCAGUCUGGCUGCAGGGCGAUGUUCAACGUGUGCUUCGGCAGCGACGCAGCAGCGCGGGCGCGGAGGCAGCGAGCUGUGACUGUGGGCGCGACCGAGGCGGUGGCAGGGGCUAUGCAGGCGCACCCGGGAGACGCAGCUGUUCAGAGGCGAGGGCAGCGUUUGCGUGAUCUUUUUGCCUGA